AUGCCACCAAUUUCAAAAAUAAAAUAUCUAUAUCAAACUUGAAAAAAAAAAAAAAAAAAUUCUACUGCUUUAUCCGAAAAGAAAGGAAAUCUGAGUACAGUAACCCAAAGCUUAUCCUUUCGGCGGCACCAAUUUGAACGAACACAUUACAGUUGCUUUUGAAGUAACCAAAUUCCCAGUUUUUGUUCAAUGGCAGCCUCCACUUGUUUUCUACCCCCCAUCUCCUUUAAUCCUAUCUCAUCAUCAUCAUCAUCAUCAUCAUCAUCAUCAUUUAUGGGUCUUGCUCUGGUAAAAACCCAUCAUCAAGGUAGCUUUAUUAUGGGUCAGUUUAGACGGUUGGUUAUCAACUGUUCAGCUUCUUCUGAUAUGGGUGCCUCCCCACUCCCAGACCCCAUGAACUUGAGACAUAAUAACAUGUCAUCUAUGGCUCCCUUUGGAAUGCAAAUAAAUGAGAAACCAUCUUAUAAAUGGCAAAGGGUUUUGCUUAAAGUAAGUGGAGAAGCACUAGCGGGAGAUCACUCUCAAAAUAUUGACCCAAAGGUUACGAUGGCUAUUGCUAGGGAGGUUGCAUCAGUGACACGCCUGGGCAUUGAGGUUGCAAUUGUGGUUGGUGGGGGUAAUAUUUUUCGUGGAUCCUCUCGGGCAGGAUGUAGUGGACUUGACCGUUCAUCUGCUGAUUACAUCGGAAUGUUAGCAACUGUAAUGAAUGCUAUAUUUCUUCAAGCAACAAUGGAGAGUAUCGGCAUCCCAACACGUGUCCAGACUGCAUUUCGUAUGUCAGAGGUUGCAGAACCAUAUAUACGUAGAAGGGCAGUGAGGCAUUUGGAGAAAGGGAGGGUCGUCAUUUUUGCAGCUGGAACUGGUAAUCCAUUCUUCACCACUGAUACUGCUGCAGCCCUUCGUUGUGCAGAAAUCAAUGCGGAAGUUGUGCUGAAGGCAACAAAUGUUGAUGGGGUUUAUGAUGAUGAUCCUAGGCAUAAUCCAAAUGCCCAGCUUCAUGAUACACUGACUUAUCACGAGGUGACUUCAAAAGAUCUCUCGGUGAUGGACAUGACCGCCAUUACCCUGUGCCAAGAAAAUAACAUUCCUGUUGUUGUCUUCAAUUUAACGAAAUCGGGUAAUAUCGCAAAAGCAAUAAAGGGAGAAAGAGUUGGUACAUUGAUCGGCGGAACAUGGAACUCAACUGUCGCAACAACAUGAAGAUACUCGAUCCAUGUAGUGGGUUUUUGUCUACAGAAAAGAAAAACGCGAGAGAGCGAAAGUACUUGAUGGUGUAAUUCAUUGCUCAAGCAUGAGCUUAAUGAGAGCUUAUCCAGGGGAAGUUACCUGGAGCUUGCAUUUGAAAAACCGAAGAUGAAAAACUGAAGCAUGAAAUUCAAUGUACUGUUUUGACUGACCAGCAUAAUUUUCAUUGUUGCCUUGUUUGAGAAUUGUAGCAAUCUCAAUCAAGCAAGUAAUUCUUCAGUGAAUUAUGAUACUUUUAGAUUAAUGUUUUCUUUUUCUUCGAUGCAAAUGUCAUUCCCUUUAGUAUUCAUGUCAAAGAAAGUGUUUCCUUGCUACUAAA